AAUUGUCCUUUUCCAAAAAAAAAUUGAAGAUACUGGCAUAUUGUAAUUGUAACCAGCCGAUUUGACAGGCGAAUAUUCUCCGCAAUGGAAGAAACUAAACUAUAAACUACUUCUUCUAUCCCACUUCACUGUUAUAAAAUUCGACGAUGGCCUCAAAACUUGUAGGAGAUACACUCAAAGGAACAUAUAUUGAAAAGGUAAAUGUCUUUCAACCUUCGGAAUCAGGAGGGAUCUGGCAAUGUCCAUUUUGCAAACCAGCUGCAAGACCUGUAUAUAAGCUAUACAUACCGCCGAUUGACGAUUCUGAGAAAUUGAAUGAAGUAAAAGGAUUGAUAAAAAACCACAUCGAGCUGCAUCAGAUUGAUUUAUUAAGAAAAAUGAGUGCAAAAGAAGGGAUUGAUUACAAAGAAGCCACGAUUGACAGUAUGAAAAGAGUGAGAUUAUGGAUCACAGGAACAAUUAAAGAUCGCAAACUAUAUGGAAAGGAUCCGGAGAGUUGAAUUCGUCAUCAAUUUUAACCUUUGCCAAUCUUGUUCUAUACCUUAAUCCAUCUCAGCUGUCUACUGGCAUAAAGUUAUUCUUUACGACUUCAAAUUCUGGCCAUACCUAUAUUUAUGUUCAUGUUAAAUGUAUCUUGAUCUGUUUGCCUUAUUCCAGAUGCA